GACGGGAGCGGAGGGAGCGCGAGCGGCGGCGGCGGCGGCGGCGGCGGCGAUGAACCUGGAGCUGCUCGAGUCCUUCGGGCAGAACUACCCCGAGGAGGCGGACGGCACGCUGGACUGCAUCAGCAUGGCGCUGACGUGCACCUUCAACCGCUGGGGCACGCUGCUGGCCGUGGGCUGCAACGACGGCCGCAUCGUCAUCUGGGACUUCCUGACCCGCGGCAUCGCCAAGAUCAUCAGCGCCCACAUCCACCCCGUCUGCUCCCUCUGCUGGAGCCGGGACGGGCACAAGCUGGUCAGCGCCUCCACGGACAACAUCGUGUCGCAGUGGGACGUUCUGUCCGGGGACUGCGACCAGCGCUUCCGCUUCCCCUCGCCCAUCCUCAAGGUCCAGUACCACCCCCGCGACCAGAACAGGGUGCUGGUGUGUCCCAUGAAGUCGGCCCCGGUGAUGCUGACCCUGUCGGACUCCAAGCACGUGGUGCUGCCUGUGGACGACGACUCCGACCUCAACGUGGUGGCCUCGUUUGACCGCCGGGGGGAAUACAUCUACACCGGGAACGCCAAGGGCAAGAUCUUGGUCUUAAAAACAGACACUCAGGAUCUUGUUGCUUCCUUCAGAGUGACCACAGGGACCAGCAACACCACGGCCAUUAAAUCCAUCGAGUUCGCCCGCAAAGGGAGCUGCUUCCUGAUCAACACGGCCGACCGGAUCAUCCGCGUGUACGACGGGCGGGAGAUCCUGACCUGCGGGCGCGACGGCGAGCCCGAGCCCAUGCAGAAACUGCAGGACCUGGUCAACAGGACGCCCUGGAAGAAGUGCUGCUUCUCGGGGGACGGCGAGUACAUCGUGGCGGGCUCGGCGCGCCAGCACGCGCUCUACAUCUGGGAGAAGAGCAUCGGCAACCUGGUGAAGAUCCUGCACGGCACCCGCGGCGAGCUGCUGCUGGACGUGGCAUGGCACCCGGUGCGCCCCAUCAUCGCCUCCAUCUCCAGCGGGGUGGUUUCCAUUUGGGCUCAGAACCAGGUGGUGAGGGCGGAUGCUGCUGAGGAUGAGGAGGUGGACGUGACCAGCGUGGAUCCCAUCGCCGCCUUCUGCAGCAGGUGCCAGGCCCUGGAGCCAAGUUUCCAACUCACCCCAAACCCCAAAUCCCCCCCAAAUUCCCCUCUCCCAGAAGUGCACCCGCUGCUGGGCGUGAAGGGCGACGGUAAAUCCAAGAAGAAGCAGGCGGGCAGGCCCAAAGGAUCCAAAGGUAAAGACAAAGAUUCUCCGUUCAAACCCAAACUCUACAAAGGGGACAGAGCCUCUUUCCCCCUGGAAGGAGCGGCCAAGGGCAAAGCGCAGGCGGAGCUGGGCCAGCCCCUGGCAGGUGGUGCAAUCUCAGAGUUGCUAUGAAGACUCUCCCUUCUCUCCCUGUCUCCUUUCCUCUCUUGGCUGCCCGUGUGGAAAGGCCGGAAUUCCCAGGCAGGACUGGCACAGACUGAAUUAAUUCCGUGGAUUCAGGGAGGGAUUUGGGGCAGGAAUGACUCUGGAAGAGGGAGCAGCCUCCGUCCCUCCUGCUGCCUCUCCACGGAUCAGGCUGGCACUGAGCUCCAGCCGGGAAUUUUGGGGACAAAUCCCUGUCCCAAAGUGACCUGAGCCCCUUCCCUGCCACUCCAGAGCUUCUCCACCUCUUCUCUCCCAAAAUCUCUCAGCAUUCCCGGAUGGAAGAGCAGCCCAAAGUGUGAGUUUGGAUUCCUGUCUCCUGCCAAAUCUUCCUUUUCCAGCUGGGAAUUCCCAUCUCGCUGAUCCCGGCUUUUCCCUGCCUGACAGGAUCAGGGCAGAGCUGCUGAUCCCAGCCCAAAUUUUCAGGAAUUUCCAGUGGGAUCUGAGGAGCUGAGGCCCCUCUGGAGUUUUCCUCGGUUUUAUGUUUAUUUUUCCCGCUCUGCCAGUGGCAGAAGGAGCAGCUUUAGAUAAAAAAAAGUCAUUUUCCAAUGGAUUUUUUUUUCCCAGCCUCUGAUUCCCAAAGCUCUGCUGGAAUUCCCUCCUGUCCUUUCCAGUUUUGUUCCUUCUCUUCCCUGGGAAAUUCUCCUCCGGGAAUAUCCAAGCUCCUCCUCGAUAAACAAAAACCAAUUUUUUCCUCAGAAUCGAAGCAGAACUUUUCCAAGGAUUUCUGUUUUUCCCAUUUGUGGGUUAAAAAUGGAAGCUGGCAGCUCAUUCCCAACUUUUAUUCCUUCAGAAUUUCCUGUGGGAAUGGGAAUGACACUAUCCCCAUCAAGCACUCACAGCCUGGCACUUCUUAUCCCACACCAGCAUCCUGAGCAAAGGAAAUUUCAUCCCUAAAUCCCUUUUUUUCCCCCAGACUUUGGAGUUUCAGUGUUCCCCAGGUGGAAUUAUUGGGAUUAUCAGGAGCUGUUUAAAUUUCCUGGGUGUCCUGCAGGAAUCAAAAGCAGGAAGGGAAUUGGGAAGUGACGGAUUUGCAGCCAGAACUGUGCAGGUAUAAAAGUGAGGAGAGACAAAACAUUUGGAAAUCAGAGCUUUUGAAAUUUUCCCAAACUUGAUGUUUUCAUUCCCAGCUUUGGGGACAUUUGGGUUCAUUUGGGGAAAUUUAUGACCACGAGUGUAAAAUUCCUUUUUUUUUUUUUCUUCCUUUUGCCUGUGGGGUGGCUCUGCCGUGCUAAACCCACCCUGGGUGCUGGGCCUGA